GCUUGGCUUGGGUUCGAUGUGACCCCGAUUGAACAUUAUUGAAUGGUCACAAACUAACUUGUAGUAAAUCAUGUUUACGCUCAGCUGAUAAAAGAAAAGGAUUUCUAAAAAAAAAAAAUCGUGGAUUUUCAGACAUAGGGUCUACAUCUAGGUUGCUACGGUCUUCUCUGCAAUAGACAAGGGUUCAGUUUUCAGGAGAAAAGACCUUGGAAAGGAUACCAAAAAACGUAUCAGAAACUAUCACCACCAAACGACGAGAGACGCCGAUGCAGAAUUUAGUGUUAUAGCAACGAGGAUCGAGGAUGCGGCGGCUCCCAUUUCGGUGCUAACUUAAAUAUAAACAUGGAUGCUAAAUCACUUCUUAUUGGCAUUUGGAAGAUUACAGAAUGAUUCAACACCAUGAAUACUUUCCUUGAGUGAUAGUUAUUACAGUGGUAAGACAUGGAAUUUUUAUAGUGAAACUAGCAACGUUAAAAUAUAGUGGAGUAAUCGAGACGUCGAGAUGGCAUCUCGUCCGAACUACAACCCUCAGUGGCACGGCUCGGCGGCGGCUUCGCGACGGAGACGCGUCGGCCUGGGUACACCUCAGUACCUCGGUGGAGGCAGCUCGUCGAUGCAACCUAGGAAUACGCGCAUGUAUGGCGGUGUCCAAUCCCACAGCAGAGGCAGAACUGCAUAUGAUGCUAGGGAUUCAGCUGGGAAUUAUGCCCCAAGGGGACAGUUUGCCACAGACUUUGCAACUUACGAAGACGAUGUGAUUGUAGAAGAGAUCGAGGAUGAGGAUUGGGAGGAGUACGGCUUCGGUGAACGUGAGACGGUCGUGGAGAGACAGCUGAGUCAGAGCAUAUCGUAUGACUCUGAUCUGUCUGGUAGUCCCUCAAACUCAACUGUGAAGAGAACUUCAGAGGAUUGGCACUCUGUAUUUGAUAAAAGAUUAUUACAACAAUCAACAAACUUUUCAGUCACUGCCAUUUUACCAAAAGGACAUAAAGUUUCGCUGCAGUGUGUGGACGGCAUGCGGGUGCGAGACCUGUUGGCAGCGGCCAUCAUGGAAUACAAGCUUCCAGACUGCAGGGUCCGUCUAGCCUCAACGAGAGCGCUACUCAACGAGGAUGCAGAGGCUUUUUUACUCAGGAAUAGAGAGAUCGAGUUUGAGGAGAGGCUGCUAGAAAUACCUGUAGAAGGUACCACCGACCGCUGUCUAGCUCUCCUCCUCAACUUUGUCAUCUCUCAACGGGAUUACUGUGAUCUCCUACGCAGCUACUUCAAUACCUAUGAAGAACCACUAAGUCAACUACCUUCAUUAUCAUCGUACCAUAAACGAUUGUUGUUCUCUAAUCUCAGGCCUAUUCUACGCUACAGCACACGGUUAUUAGCACAGUUAGAGGAGUUAGUCACUAGCUGGAAUACGAGGCACAAACCUAUAGGUGUCAUCUUUUCACGUGAGCUGUGGCAGGAACACAGAAAGUAUUAUAAUACCUACAAUGAAAUCAGGAAACUUACACAUUAUCUUCGCCAACACAACCCAGAGUUUAUUGAACUAUGCCAAGAGCUACGAGGUGCUGCAAGACACUCUUUUGAUUCACUCAUUCUACUACCGGUAAGUCACGUGAUGGUGAUGAUGAUGAAGAAUAGCAGGGGUAUGGUGGUGGAGGUGAUGAUGAGGGUGAAUGAUGGUCUUGAAUAUAAUGAUGGUGGUGGUAUUGUUGACAAUAGUCUUGAUGGUGGUGGUAGUUAUCUUAGUGAAUGAUUGGUUAAUAGUGUGGUGAUGGUGAUGAUUGUGAAGAAGAUGAUUACAAUGAUGGUGAUGAUAAUUACUAUAGGAAGAC